CCGAGACCUUGCAGCCCGUAAUGUGUUGGUUGGAGAAAACGAAACGUGUAAAGUGACAGACUUUGGAAUGGCCAGAGAUGUGCAACAGGAAAAUAUUUAUGAACGAAAAACAAAGGGCCGUCUUCCAGUGAAGUGGACAGCUUACGAGGCGUUGUUUUAUGGUACCUAUACCACCAAAAGUGACGUGCGGUUCACCUUAUCCAAGAAUGGAUGGAAAAAAAAUUGCCAACUUACUUGAAGAGGGAUACAGAAUGCCUAAACCACAGCACGUGGAUGAUCAAUUGUAUCAUAUCAUGAUGAGAUGCUGGCAAAAUGACCCAGAUGAAAGACCAGCUUUCACUGAAUUAAAAAAAGAGCUUAAAGACAUGGAAAGUCUACACAAGAGGCUGAUUAACAUGAGAAUGUACGACAAGAAGUUGUAUGCAAACGUUGAGGAUUUAAUAGUGUAG